AUGUCGGCCCUGAACAUUUCAUCUCUGCUCCAGACAGAGCAACCAGUCAACCACGAGGACGAAGGCCAUCGGCUUUUGGAGGAUGUUUUCCAACAGUAUCAGCGCAAAAUUCCUGUCAAAAGUAAGGAGGAGGCUGUGUUAUCAUAUUACUGCAACCUCGUCAUCCAUGCCACCAAAUGCUCAGGCUAUUUCGCCGAGCAGCUCACGGAUGAAAAGAGUCUGCAGUCGACAGGGUACACCAUUGUAGAUCAAGCGUAUUGCUCAAGGACUCAUGGCGUGGGAAUUCUCGAGCUCGCAAGAGACCAGCGCAAGACUCUUCGACAAUUAAAGGAAGUGGCCUGCAAGGCUGUGAAAGAUAUGCAGGAUAUCAUGCAACAAUUAUCUCCUGUAGAAAGGAGUCCCGAAGAGCCCACCAGGCACCAUGCGCCUACGGAAUCCAGCUCCAGGUCGUCCAUCUCCACGUCCACAGGGAUGGGGGUUUUCUCUGCUGUUGCGUCGCAAUCGUCCAUCGCGACAUCUCAUGCUUACAGCGACCGAAGGUCAAUGAGCCCAGGUUCCCCACAAUAUGACGACGUUGUCGAUGAGAUGAGGGACGACGAAGACUAUGACAAUGUUGGAGACAAUGACACGAACGAUGAUGUUAAGGACGGGCCAAGAGGAUGGAAUAUGGAUACUCUGAAGCACCGAGGGAAAGGCACCUACCAGUGUCCUCAUUGGCGGACUUGCCAGAAAGGAGGCCAAAAUCCGAACGGCGGCCCUAAAAUCUUUAGCCGCAACUGCAUGUUCAGACAACACUUACAAAAGCACUCCAAACCUCACAAAUGCAGACUGCCCGGGUGCCCGAACAAAGAGGGCUUUGCAAGAAAAGAUCAACUUGUCAGGCAUCAGCAGAAUGUGAAGCACGAUCAGCCUUAUCCCAUCCCUAUGUCUCGAAGGUAG